GGCUUUGAAAGUGAUUUUUUCCCUCGCUUCCUUCUUUUUUUUUGUUUUUCUUUUUUUUUUGGCUAUAGCCGGAUGAAGUAAUGGAUAAUAAUCAAGUGGAAGAUCUCGACGAAGGAAAGAUUGUCUAUGAAUGGAGCCCUCCUACUGGACAGAAGCAGAACUUUUACUAUAAGGGCUCUCCCAUUAGUCGGGAACAUGUUGAGAAAAUGUUUGGAAAUUCCAAAAUCAGAGAAUGCCGAGGACACAAAGAAAAAGUUCAUACAGUUGCCUGGAAUUGUGAUGGCAGAAAGCUUGCUUCAGGUUCAGUUGAUAAAACGGCGCGUGUGUGGUCACCGCACAGAGGGACAGAUAUUAGGUAUUCUGUAGAAUUGAAAGGUCAUACAGAUAGCGUAGAUCAAUUAGAUUGGGACCCAACACACCCAGACAAAUUAGCAACGGCGUCUAGUGAUAAAACAGUUCGAUUGUGGGAUCAAAGAUCUGGUAAAUGUACCGCAAUAGUUCAGACAGAUGGUGAGAAUAUCAAUAUUUGUUGGAGUCCCGAUGGCAAUCACAUUGCAGUAGGAGAUAAGAACGAUAAUAUUUGCAUCAUUGACGCCCGUACACAUAAAGUUAUUGAUAAGCGGAAACACCUUGUGGAGGUGAAUGAGAUCGCGUGGAACAAUGCGAACAAUCAGUUUUUCGUUACAACAGGACAAGGCACUAUUAGAGUAUAUGAUUACCCUUCAUUUGAACUGCAAACAAAUCUACGGGGCCAUACAGCAAAUUGUUAUUGUGUAGAAACAGAUCCUACCGGAAAAUAUAUUGCUGUUGGUUCAGCAGAUGCCAUGGUUUCUCUCUGGGAUACGCGGACAUUUCAUUGCGUUAGAGCUUUUGAAGAACUUACAUGGCCAGUAAGAACACUUAGUUUUAGUUUUGAUGGACAAUAUAUUGCUUCGGCUUCAGAGGAUCAUUUUGUUGAUGUGUCGCAUGUUGAGAGUGGCGAGUCAGUACACCAUAUUGAGUGUACAGCAGCAAUGAAUACAGUCGCCUGGUCACCACGUGAUUAUUAUCUAGCCUAUGCAGGCGACGAAACAGCUUCCGAUGGCAAAUACGCUGGAAACCUGAAAAUUUUCAGCAUGAAAGAUCCUCGAGAUCACUAGUACUAUCUGCUAUUUAUCGUCUUCAAUAAAUUAUACAUGUAUACACUAUUCAAACUCUCCUCGCUGGUCGAUUUGCACAACCUACUUCAACAGAAAACCCCACAGUACAUUAUCGAUGCAUUUCCACUGUUAGAGGACAUACUAAUAAGCAGUUAAUAAUACGAAAGCAAUGUAUGUACAUCUUAAAAUCAGCUUUUAUAUGCUGUUUAAUACUGCCAUUCACACCAGCACAUCCGGCGAUUACGCUCGGCCUACAUUAGUUUUAAUGUUUGUGCUGUGAAGUUCACGUACACUGCCUCGAAUUCUACUUUACUUCUGUUUUCGCUUAUCCUAUUAUAUUACAGUUCCUGUAUUCCUUUACAUACACGUCCUUGCUAUAAUGGAAAUGCUUUUCUUUCUUCC